CACUAUUUUCCUUUAGAUUCUUCAAAAGCAGAACUCAUUUUUCACACCUAUUUGUUUCGAGCUCUUUGUCAGUUAAGACAGAUGACAUGAAACUUCAAAAAAAACCCAGGCCAAACGGGAUCACAAAAAUGAAAUAAUAAAAAUUACAAUAAAUUAAAAAUGAACAGACACCAGCGGCGCUACGGCAAAGUGCCCAAAAACGAGAGCGACUCUCGAGUCAAAGUUUACAAGGAGUUGGGCACCAAGCUCGAGGUAGUGUUGGCUCCGAAGAGCAAGGACUUCGCCAAACCCAUGACCAACAGAAGCUGCUUCGUGGCGCCGGAGCAAAGGGAUUUUGGACAGUUCACGAAUUGCCCUGAUUAUAAACUGAAUGACUUCUAUCAAGUCGAUAACCGAGGGCCGAUUAUACCUAACACAAUAGGGAAGUUGAAGGAAUUGAAAAAUGUGAUUUGCGUCAGUUCAAAUAAAGUCGAGCAAGGCUCGCAAUGUAAUCCUCCUGUUAACGAGUAUUUGACCACGUCCGAUGGAUCGCAGUGGCAGAGCGUUGAGAACAUCGACGAACUCGACAAGUACAUAGAUAAUGCUAGUGUAGAAGAUCGCCUCACGAAAAUCGAUUAUGAAAAAUCGCAGAACAUAGAAAUAUCAGAAGCGCCUCGAGUGAAAGUCAUAAUCGAAAAAUUUACAAAAUAUAAAAAGGAUAACAUCGAACUGCGUAAAUUGGACGAGAGGGUCGUAUGUGUCGAGUACGACGUGUUCGGUCAGUCUGGGACCGGGGAGUCGGUCGCUCUGCGAAAGAUGAGAGUUUUCUUUUCAAUAAAACCUUCCUACAAAGACCAGUCUGGAAACGAAUUACCAUUGCUCAAUAAAUUCACCUCUGAUUUAAAACGUAACUUUGGAGUGAAAGAUGAUGACUUGCACAAAAUGAACGGAAAAGAAGUCGAGAUCAUAGACGAUGAAAUAUCCGAAAACAAACCUUACUUGGACGACUUAAGAAAGAUACUAAAGAGAAAGCAGAAUAGCGACAAAACAGUUAAAAAUAAUCAAGACCUUUUGAUUUUGUAUGAAAUGGCAAAGAAAGAUUUGACCGGUGAAAAUUUUUCAAAAAUCCUAACCAAAGAAGAGCUUCAAGACAUUAAGGAUUUAAUUCUAAAGGAAUGUACUUCGAGUGCUCAUGGGAUCAGUAGGAGAAAGGUUAAAAGCGGAGAAGAGACUUUCGGCGAGAGAGAAGUCAAAGAACCGUGUGUGCCUUCGAAAAGUAUAGUGGCCGAAUUACUGAGAGAAGACGGAAGGACUAAUGUGUUUAAAUAAAACGUAAUUGAUGAAAAUAUAUUUUAU